AUGGAAAAAGAAAAAGAAGAGUGGAAAAAGGAAGCCGAUGAUUUGAGAAAAGAAUUAAAAAGAAAAAGUGAAACUCCUAUCGAAGAAAAAAUUAUAAAAAGAAGAAAAUUUGAUGGGACCAUUGGUUAUGGGUCCCGUCUGUGCAAAGUGCAGUUGGCGGAGAAAAAGCGGAUUAACCGCUCGCGUGAACUGCUAUGGCUAGUUAUACCACGAAUAGGCUCUGAGCGUCACCAAAAUGCGAGUCCGGAGCAUGGUGCGCGAUUUGUCGCAAGGGCUAGCUUAUACCAUGGGCAGGUUCUAAGCGUCCUUGAUGCGAGUCCGAUUACAACGUGGUGA